UUAUUUGUAUCGCGUAAGCUAUUACCAUAAAAGAAUUGUGUGAAAAAGAAAGUAAUAAUAAUUACUUCGUUUCAUUUAUGGCAGCGCAAUGUCAGACCAACACUAUAAAUACGGGUCCAAACUUUAGCCACGCAACAGUGAACGGAGAGGCACACAGAAUGAAGGCAAUUAUCGUUAUCUCAGCAUUACUUGCCGUCGCCAUAGCGUCACCUAUGUGGAGAAAUCGUGGCAAUGACGAUUCCUGGCGGUACGGAAGGUACGGAGGAUACGGAAUGAUUGGAGGAGGAUACGGAAUGACUGGAGGAAUGAUUGGAGGAGGAAUGAUUGGAGGAGGAUACGGAAUGACUGGAGGAAUGAUUGGAGGAGGAUACGGAAUGACUGGAGGAAUGAUUGGAGGAGGAAUGAUUGGAGGAGGAAUGAUUGGAGGAGGAUACGGAAUGACUGGAGGAGGAUACGGUGGUUAUGGUGGUUACGGAGGAGGAUACGGAAUGAAUGGCGGAAUUCAUGGAAUGUACCCAGGCAUGCACAUGCAUUACUACUGGAAACGCAGACCAUACUGACCAAUACGGAAACCUUACUACACUGACUUUGCAGAGAAAACAGGAUACUAUUAAAGAUCUCACAAAAGAAACGGACCCAAAGAAUAACACAAUUACAUGAUCAUUAUUAUUUUUGACAUACACGUAUGUAUUUAUUAGACAGAAUAAUGUGAAUGUUUUCGUAUGAAUAAGAUUCACUUUUUGUUCAGUA